AUGUCGAUCUUGCAUCGACUGUUACUUUUCCUUAGGUUCGGGUCCCUCCUCGCAGCCUCGUCUGACGAGUCGCUUGUACAUCGGUUUAACGACGGCGACGAUGAUGACACCCCGCUGCCGCUGGUAAUAUGGCAUGGUUUGGGUGACGCUUACAACGCCGAUGGGAUGCGUCUCGUCGGCGAGCUCGCCGAGAAGGCGCACCCAGGCACACUUGUCUACCCGAUUCGCAUGGAUGAGUACGGACCGCGCGACCGCUAUGACUCGUUUAUCGGCAACCUCACGGAACAUAUCGCGAAGGCAUGUGCCGACAUCGCCGCACAUCCCAUCCUUUCGACAGCGCCCGCUAUCGAUGCCCUCGGCUUUUCGCAGGGCGGCCAGUUCCUCCGCGCAUACGUCGAACGUUGCAACAAGCCGCCCGUGCGCAGCCUCGUCACAUUUGGCUCGCAGCACAACGGCAUCAUUCGCUUCGGCGACUGCGACACGAGCGACUUUAUCUGCAAGAUUGCCAUGGGGCUGAUACAUGGUUCCCCCUGGGGCAGCGUGCAGAGCACUUUGGUCCCCGCGCAGUACUUCCGCGACCCGGAGCAAUACGAGGACUACCUCAAGUACUCCAACUUCCUGGCGGAUAUCAACAACGAGCGGGAAGUGAAGAACGCAACGUACAAGGAAAACAUCAAGAAGCUGGAGAGUUUCGUAAUGUACAUGUUCGAGGAGGACGAGAAGGUGAUUCCGAAAGAGACAUCCUGGUUUGAGGAAGUCAAUGGCACGGAACACACGCCUCUCCGUGCCCGCAAACUGUACACGGAGGACUGGCUAGGUCUGCGUGAGCUCGACCGCAAGGGCGGACUGAAAUUCCGCACUGCUCCGGGCGCUCACAUGGCCAUUUCCGACGAACUGUUGAUGGAGGUGUUUGACAGCUUCUUUGGGCCCCUAAACCGUCAACGGGGAAGGUCUGAGCCUCGUCCAGGACUUGGGGGCGAUGAUGAGCUUUGA